AUGCCUCGAUGCGCGUUUUGCCGCGCUUUUACUAUUGAUCAGGAUCGUUUUUACCUAGAAUUCCACCCAAAUCUCGCCUCACUCAAGAAAAGCGCUGAAGAUGGCUGCGACUUUUGUCGUCUUUGCUGGACAGGCUUCCAACGGGAAUGGGCAGGUUCUGAGAUCGAAACUGUCCUCAAGGGGAAAGUUCCGGAAGGAGUUACCAAGUUUGAGCCGGGUAUCUGGAUUUAUGUCCAUUUCACAGACUACAGUCCAAUUCUAACUCAGCCACGCAUCAUUGUAUCGUGCGGGAGAUAUAACCCUAUCACUUCCGUGAAGGAAAGCAGCCAUGGACUCAGCUACAUAAACCUAGCCGUCUACGGGAAAGAAGGAACUGCGGCAGGUUCACGAACACCGGCGCGAAUCUGCACCGCGGAAUAUGAACCUGGCUCAUAUAUCACCUUGAUCCGACGUUUCCUCGAAAGAUGUACGAAGUCUCAUCAAGCGUGCGGUGCUGAUGAGACGUACGAAAUGCCUACCAGGGUCAUCGACGUUGGCAACGCGAAACAAGGAGACCUUCCACGACUUAUCGUAACUGGCCAGAGCAUGAAGGAGAAAUAUCUGGCGCUGUCUUAUUGCUGGGGACCCGGUACAGAUACCUUCACGCUCAAUCACAAGACGAUGGAAGGAAUGCUGAAAGGUAUCGACGAGUCCCGCGUCGUAGCCGCACAUCGCGAUACAAUAACAUUAGCCCGCCAAAUGGGCGUACGAUACAUCUGGAUCGACGCUCUAUGUAUAAUCCAAGGCGACAAAGAUGACUGGGAACGUGAAUCAAAGCUCAUGGCCAAGGUAUAUGGCCACGCAACCCUUACCAUCACGGCAGGGAGAUCAGGCGAUGCUCGCAACUCCUUCAUCGCCAAUACCUACAAACAAUCUGCUCCCUGUUGCGAGUUUCCUCUUGGAGAUGGUCUUGGUGGAAAUGUUAUUGUUGGUCCAUUGAGAUCCAAUGACUACGGUAUUACUGAGACUCGCGGCUGGUGUUGUCAAGAGAAGAGGCUGAGCCGUCGGGUCGUGUUCUUUGGCAAAGAGCAACUCUUUUUCCUAUGUCGAAGCUCCGGUUACUCGGAAGACCGCAGCUAUCAGGAAGGUAAAUCUGUCUUACUGCACAGCUUUCUGAAAGAUGGCAACGGGAGUCCGCAAUCGACCCGGGAUCGGCUCCUGCAGUAUUGGGACGAGAUUGUAGUCGAUUUCUCUAGACGUCAACUGUCGAACCCUCAUGACAUUUUCGCAGCACUUGCCUCCAUCGCCGAACCUAUCUCCAAGGCUCUUCAGUCACGCUACCUAGCCGGUCUCUGGGAGGAUGAUCUUGUUCGUUGUUUGCUUUGGAGGCCUGGUUAUAGAGUGAGCAGCUUCUUUGGACCAGCGACGAGACCUUUGCCAACUAUCUUUGCAUCUGCCCCGGUGAUCAGAGCGCCUUCUUGGUCUUGGGCUUCCAUUCAAGGUGGCGUCAAGCCUCUCACACUCCAACAAUUUCGGAGAAUGAAGACAGAGAGCCAAAGAGGAACACCAUUGAUAAGGCCGAAGCAAGGCCGUUGGACGGUAGAUCCUCACUGUGGAGCUGACGUACUGCACAUGCCGUCUUGCGAGCUGCAGCUUCUGGGGCGGAUUCAACAAGCAAUCGUGCUCACGCGAACACCGUCGAGUGAGCUCAUCGCUUCGCUCCGAAAGCAAAAGAGGCCAGCAGGUACUAUGCGCCGGCCAAUUGUGUUAGGGCGUAAGGAGCUGAAGGGAGGGAGCCUGAAUAGAGAUAUGUCGGUUUUUGUGGCGUUAGGGAUUUUUGACUUUGACGAAGAGGGUAUUGAAGAAGUUUGGUGUUUGCAGCUUACACUAGAAGAGGGGCUCAUGCUCUGCAGGAAAGAUCAUGAGACCUUUCAGCGUAUAGGAGUCUUUCAGGUAUGUAAACUGGACUGGUUUGACAGUGUAGCAGAGUCAGAAGUUAGGCUGGUGUAA